AUGAAUGUAAAUAUUGUUAAAAUUUAUUUUAAACUGAGCGAUAAAAGAACAGGAAGAAUGUGUAUGCGAGCAAAGAAUGAAAAAAUAUUUCUAAUUGCAAGUCAGUUCGAGCACAGAGGCCCGUUGAAAAUCGAAAAUGAGAAAGUAGAUCUUGAACAAGUGAAUGACGAGGAUGACACACGAGCAGUUGAAAAACAUUUUACAUUUGCUGAACAGCAUGAGGUGUUCGAUAUUGGACCGGAAAUUGAAGUUAUUCAUUAA